UAGACCACUAAUAAUGAAUUUUUACGUAUUAAUCGAGGCGUUUUUGAUAGGUACCUUGGUACCUUACACGGAGCUACUUACUGAAACAGAGUUUACUAUGAAGUGAACUUUUUUGAAAACUAGUUAGAAUAAUUUUAAAAGAUUCAAAAAUAGAUUUAAAAGAAUGAAAUAUUGAAUUAAAAAAUUAAAAAAAGCAAAUAAAUUAGUCUAGGAUAUAAUUUACUGCCAAUUGAAAAAAUAAUAAAAUUUAACUAUCUAGAGAAUUUUAUUUUUUUCUUCGACAGAAAACGAUAUAGAUAUGAAGACUAUACCCUUGCUAACUGAAACCAUGAUGAUGGAAUUAAUUCCAAGUGUUGGACAUCGAGCUCGAUUAAAAUCAAAUAUUGACCAAUGGAAAAAUAUUAUCCAGCAGAUACCUUCACCCUCACCUGCAUCUUGUAGUAGUAUUGACACAGAUAUACAGAUAACCAACUUAAUACAAAAUAAUGUAUGGUCUGAAUCUUCCAGUAGUAAUGUAGACAAAUUACCUGCGGAUAUAAUAAAAAAUAAUAUAUGGUCUGAAUCUUCCAGUAGUAAUGUAGACAAAUUACCUGCGGAUAUAAUAAAAAGUAAUAUAUGGACUGAAGCUUCCAGUAGUGGCACUAGUAGUGCAGAGAAAUCGCCAGAAGAAAUAACACAAAAUAGUGUAUCAGUAAGCUAUUAUUUGCAUUAUAUUUAG